GGCUGAAAGGCUGAGUCAGAAGCCAAGAAGUUUCUGUAUUUAAGCCAACAUAGCUGCCUCUGGCAAUCUCAUUGAUCUCUACUGAAGGGAGCAAAAACAAGGGAAGCUUUUUAGUGUGCUGCACUGUGGAUUUGAAAGUGUGUAUAGACGACUCACAUGGAAGCGGUUUUCCUGCGCUACUGUAACACUCGAUUUUCAAGUGAGCUCUCUCGGGAAGUCCAAGCCAAUAUUGAAGAAGCGAAUAAAGAAGAACAAACUACAAACUCCGCUUCUGAUACAGCGUACACGCACGGCACUUUGCGCUGAUUGAUCAGUGGGAUGGGAAUCACCGCACAUUAAAAUCAAAUGUUCACCUGCCAUUGCUGACUGCGUCGUUCAUUGCUGACAUGAAUGCAUGGACUUGAGGAAUAAUAAACAUUUGCUGCAUUCGUUUACUAGUUAACGGCUUACGAUGUAUGUAACUGAAGGUCGCGGAUAGGAACUUUUGUCAUCUGAAGUGGCAUUGACUUUCCUUAGUUGAUCAGACUAAUAAUUGGACUGAAAAUGUUUAAUUGGGCCUUUAUUGUAUCCUUCUUCUUCGCUGCUGCUAAUUUCCAAAGCCUUCAGUCUUUCAAGACAUCAACCAAAGCAUCAUGUGACAGCUUGUGCAGCUGCGAUGAAAAAGAUGGCAUUCUCUAUAUAAACUGUGAAGAAAAAAACAUCAGCAAGAUUUCUCAAGUCAAGGUGCCACCUUCUCAACCUUUCCACCUUAAUCUCUUCAAAAAUGAAAUAGCAGAACUGCAUGCUUCUGAGAUGGAAAGUUUGAGCAAUGCAAUUUCCUUACAUCUUGGAGGAAACAGCAUUCAGGAGUUGGAACCUGGUGUCUUCAGUGCCCUUAGUUCACUAAAAAAAUUGCACAUAAAUAGCAAUUUUCUAAUAACACUAAAAGAGGACACCUUCCGGGGACUGGAAAAUCUGGAAUAUCUUCAAGCUGAUUCAAACUUCAUUCGUGUGAUUGAACCUGGAGCUUUCAGCAAACUUGUACGAUUGAAAGUUCUUAUUCUAAACGACAAUGAAAUUGAGUUUCUGCCCACUAAUAUUUUUCGGUUUGUACCUCUAACACACUUAGACCUACGUGGAAAUCAGCUUCGGACACUUCCAUAUGUAGGUUUUCUGGAGCACAUUGGCCGCAUAAUGGAACUUUUGCUUGAGGAUAAUAAAUGGGUUUGUGACUGUGAUAUACUGCCACUUAAGACAUGGAUCGAAAACAUGCGUGCACAGUCUGUCAUCGGAGAGGUAGUGUGUAACAGCCCUGAAAAUCUAAAAGGCAACUUAUUGAACAAAGUGAAAAGGGACGUUUUAUGCCGGUUUCAUACUUUAAUUGACUCAGAGGAACCGUCCAAGUCAUCAUACUUAAUCGUUACUCCAUCAUCAAAGGGUAGCCCAGUUCCAAAAUUUACACAAGAUGAUGCAAAAAUAACUACUCCUGCACUAGCCCCAGAUAUGGUUUGUCCCUUAAAGUGUUAUUGUAAUAAUCAUCCCCUUGCAGGUCUACUGGUACACUGCCAAGAUGCUGGAAUUCAAAGCAUGGCUGAGCUUGGGUCACAAAUACAGAGACCCCAGAAGCUCCUUUUAGCAGGAAAUAAGAUUCAGCGACUGAUAAAAUCAGACCUGAUCAACUAUGAGAGCUUGGAAAUACUUAAUCUUGAAAAUAACCGUAUUGAAAGUAUUCAGGAUGAGACUUUUCUAAACCUUGGAAAUCUACAAAAGCUCUACCUAAGUGGAAAUAAGCUUGAACGCUUAAAACCUGGCAUGUUUGUGGGCCUCCAUAAUGUUGAAUAUUUAUAUCUGGAGUUUAAUAUGAUUAAAGACAUACUUUCCGGCACUUUCAGCAUCAUGACAAAAUUAAAACUUCUGUUUUUAAACAAUAAUGGUCUCCAGAGUCUUCCACCACUUAUCUUUCGACAUGUGCCACUUGCCCGAAUCAAUCUUCGAAACAACCUGUUCAUGCAUUUACCUGUAAGCAAUGUACUGGAUCAGCUCGAUUCGUUGGAACAGAUAUACUUGGAAGACAACCCGUGGGACUGCACGUGUGAUUUAGUUGGUCUCAAACAGUGGGUUGAAAGACUUAACAAAAAUGUUAUGGUGGGAGAAAUUUUGUGCAGAACUCCCAAAAAAUUUGCCAAAAAUGAUUUGAGAUCUGUCAGAAAUGAACUGCUUUGUUCCGGUUUAGUAAUUGAUGACCAGCCAACCCAAGAAAGUCGAACUGUAACAACAACAGCAACGAGUGUGAGCACUGUAUCAGGUCUGUUUGGCUCCUUUUCUGACACGGUGCCCCUAUCAGUUUUAAUCCUGGGACUGCUGAUUGUUUUUCUAAUGAUUGUUUUCUGUGCUGCUGGACUCAUAGUGCUAGUUUUGCACCGCCGACGAAAAUCUAAGAAAAAGCAAGUCGAAGAUCAGACUAGAGAACCUAGCCCUAUCCACCUUCAGUAUAGCAUGUAUGGUCAAAAAACUACUCAUCAUAUGGCUCCGAGACCUGGAGCUCAUAUGUACGACGAACAUACCAUUACACCAGUUGUGCAGGUUUGCAGAAGUCCUUCAUAUUGUGCAAAUUUGAAAGACCAGGAGCAGUUAGAAUUUGCUCUUCAUGACUCGAAGCACAUUUGCAGAGGAAUUCUAGAAAAAGAAAAUGACUCACCUCUGACAGGAUCAAAUGUGAAAUUUAAAGCAGUAACUGAACGUCCAACUGAGUUUCUUUCACUCGGUGAUGCAAAUUCUCUUUACAGAAAUAUCCUUGAAAGGGAAAGAGAACUCCAGCAGCUUAGCAUCACAGAGUACCUCAAAAAAAAUAUUUCUCACCUUCAACCAAGCGUUGAAGUUCAUUGCCCCGGGAGACACGAGGAGCUAAAAUUAAUGGAGACAAUUAUGUACACCAGGCCAAGGAAGGUCAUGGUGGAACAAACUAAAAAUGAGUAUUUUGAGCUCAAAGCCAAUCUGCACACAGAACCUGACUACCUGGAGGUACUAGAACAGCAAACAACUUUGAACUGAAAAUUAAUCCUUCAGGAAUACUGUCUACCUUUACAAGCAAGUGCCUUUACAAAUAAUUCUCCUUGAUUUACUGUUUCAUAUUGUAAAGAGCAGUGCAGUAAUUGUACAAUGAAUCUCAGGAAUCACUGUGAGAAGCCAUUAGGACUGGAAAGGACUGAAAGCUGUAUGUCUGUAGUAUGAUUACAAGCCAAUUAUUACGAAGUAUACAAAUACCAAAAUAAUAUGUCUUUGACUUUAUUUUUACAAAUUUAUGUUCAGUAUAUUUUUAUAUUAGUACUGGACACAUUAUUAUUGUUAUUAACAAUAACCCACAGAUCUUGUUAAAGAAGCACUUGAACACCCUUUAAUAUUAACAUAUUUGCAUAUAUUUCAAGUGAACAUUAUUUGUGCUAAAAUGUUAAAACAUUUUUUCCCAAUUAGUUUAAGUUUUGUAUAGAUAAAGAUACAGUCAUCCGCUUGAAGGUCAAUACUUAAAAUGGGGCAUGACAAUCUUCAAUUGCUGCUGUAAAUGUUUUUUUUUUUAAAUUAAAUUGUAAAUGUGUGUAACUACUGAAAAAGAAUAGCAACUUUGUAAAUAUAUUUAUAUCAGGUCUUCUACUAUUAUUUUGCCUUGACAUACAAUUUUGUUUUCAUUUCUCUUCAGUUUGUUUAAUGUGAUGAAAAAUGAAUAGUAUUUUCAUUUAGAAGGCACAAUUUUUGUUCUUCUUGUUUUUUUUUUAAAAACACUUGUGAAGUGAGAUUUUUUUUUUGGUACAAAGGGUACAUUUUUUUCCUUUGAGAUUUUUAUUGGUUUAUUUAUUUUGUACAGAUUUCCUGUUUUGUUUGUUUAAAGACUAUGCUGGGUGCCUUUAAAGCAACAGAGAAAAAUGUUUAUCCUAAUGUAAAUAAUGUUUUAUUAUAAUGUGUU